AGAGGGCAGCGAGCCCUCUCGAACGCCGCCAUUUUUAAGUGACGAAGUUCAAUUCCUUGUAGAGCGAAAAUGAUGCCACGCGACCGAUUCAGGAACCGCGGUGGCGGAGGAGGUGGAAUGAGCAUCUAUCGUCGCGGAAACGGUGGCCGUGGAGGAGGAAUGCCAAAUUACCGUGGACCGGGCUACAUGGAUUCUAAUCGGGGUCCCCAUCCAAAUCAACAGCAGGCCUCUCAGCAACAAAAGCAGCAACAAGACAAGCAGCCCGCCCAACAGCAGCAGAAGCAGAGUUCUGCUCCAGAGCCCCUGAAACCCGUACAGCAGCCACAGGCUGCGGCCAAGCCCCAGGAUUCCCAGGCUUCUCAGCCCCCAGCCCAGUCGCCACAGACCAAGCCCGCCCAGUCCCCACAACAAAAACCGGGCAUCACACCCCAGCAGCCGCAACAGACUCAAGCCCAGUCCGGCCCCGUCAAACCAGUGAUCCAGACACCACCCCAGCAGCAACAAAAGCCGCCUCAAAUGCAGCUACAGAAACCAGCACCGCCUAACAAUGCGUCUCCCCAGGCCAAACCUGGUCAGCAUCUUGCCCACCACCAGCAACAACAACAACUGAGGUCUAGGCCCGGGCAGAAUCAAGUUGGACAGAAGAGGCCGCAUCAGUCUCGCUUCCAGUCUCAGCCCCCGCCCCAACUGGAGUCUGCUCCCGCCGAGGACAAAGCAACCGCAGACGAGGGCCCCGUAUGGAGCGAUGGUGUGAGGGCUACACUUUCGCUUCUGAAAAGGCCAGGAGAGAAGACCUACACUCAGCGCUGCAGAUUGUUUGUUGGCAAUCUCCCGACUGAUAUAAGCGACGAUGAGUUCAAGAAAUUGUUUGAGAAAUAUGGGGAACCAGGAGAGGUGUUCAUCAACAAAAGUAAAGGCUUUGGUUUUAUUAAACUGGAAACUAGAGCAUUGGCUGAAAUUGCAAAAGCAGAGCUAGAUGACUUGCCAAUGCGAGGAAGACAACUACGUGUACGGUUUGCCACACAUUCUGCUGCGCUGUCUGUACGCAAUCUAUCUCCAUUUGUUUCUAACGAGCUACUGGAGGAAGCCUUUAGUCAGUUUGGACCAGUGGAGCGAGCUGUAGUUGUCGUGGAUGAUCGAGGGAGGUCAACCGGAAAAGGAAUCGUCGAGUUUGCAGCGAAACCAGCAGCCAGAAAGGCACUUGAAAGAUGCACUGAAGGAGUUUUUCUUCUCACCACUACCCCAAUGCCAGUUAUUGUUGAGCCUCUUGAACAAUUUGAUGAUGAAGAUGGGUUGCCUGAGAAGCUUGCACAAAAGAAUCACCUUUACCAAAAGGAGAGAGAGGUUCCACCAAGAUUUGCCCAACAUGGGAGUUUUGAGUUUGAGUAUUCUCAGAGGUGGAAAUCUUUGGAUGAGAUGGAGAAACAACAAAGGGCACAGGUUGAGAAAAACAUGAAGGAGGCAAAAGAAAAACUUGAAAGUGAGAUGGAAGAUGCAUACCAUGAACACCAAGCUAAUCUGUUGCGUCAAGACUUAAUGAGGCGUCAAGAAGAACUCAGACGCAUGGAAGAGCUUCACAAUCAAGAAAUGCAGAAGCGCAAAGAAAUGCAACUUAGGCAAGAGGAGGAACGUCGCAGGAGAGAGGAAGAAAUGUUGCUUCGUCAGCGAGAAAUGGAGGAACAGAUGAGGCGCCAGAGAGAAGAGGGAUAUCGUAUGGGCUACAUGGACCCACGUGAACGAGAUAUGCGCAUGGGUGCAAGUCAGAUGGCCAUGUCAGAUCCCUAUGGUGCUGCAAGCCAAAAGUAUCCACCACUUGGAGGAGCUAGUAUGGGCUAUGAAGGCAGCCCUGGGGUAGCACAAGCUACCAUCAGCUCAUCAAUUAUGGGAGGAGACAUGCGCAAUGAGCGUUUUGUCCAGGGCAAUGCAGGGACUUCUAAUGCACAAAAUUCUAGAGGGAUUGGAUCUGUGCAACCUACUGCAGCAGCAGGGGCUGGAGGCUAUGGGAGGGGCAGGGAUGAAUAUGAAGGGCCAAACAAGAAGCCCAGGUUCUAGGUUUCCUUCACUUUAAAUCUAUUUCCACUGUUUAUUUUGUUAAAUUUUUAACUCUUGCAUUUUAGUAAGAAGCAUUUUUUUAUGGUGCUCAGAUGCUUGACCUAGUAUUUGUGAAGCAUGUGUUAAUAGUCCAAUACUGUACUGGUAAUGUUUCACAAAGCUUUCCCCCCUUCCCUUAUUUUAUGGCAGUUUUGAUUUUUUUUUUCCACUCCGUACCCUUUUUUUAUUAUUUAACUGUGCCUGUAACAAACAGCAGCUGUAGUAUGCUCCAGAAACUUAAGAUCUUGCAAAAAAAAAGCAUAACAUUUGGCUGAAUGUGAAAUGUUAUUUUAAAAGACAAACUAUCAAGGCUUACUUCAGUGAUUUAAUUCUGGCAGGCUUUAAAAUGGCAUACAUAAAGCCAAAGCAAGUCGGCCAUACUGCUGGUUCUGUAAAGAAUGGAGACUUAUGAAGCUGUGCUUUUUCUGUAUAAAGGAACUUAUCUGCAAAUGCCAGUGGGUUUGAUGGGCAGGGCUGGAAAUCUAUUUUCCCUGUGUAUCUGAGCAUUUUGUGGCCUGAAAGAAGCUUCAAAAAUUGUCUUUGUAACAGGCUGUAUUAACUUCUAAAUAAAAUGUCAAUAUGGAAAA